AUGCCGUGCAGAGCCUGUGGCCUGGCAGUGCUGGCCCUGAUGUCCCUGUCCCUCCUGUCCUUGUCCCUUGGCUUCGCAGCCGAUGAGCUGCUGUGUGCCUGUGACGUGCCACACUGCAGCCUGCCCACCUGCACGGGCAAGGUCUGCUUCGUCAGCAAGAGGAAGGAGGAAGGGACCAUCACCCAGCACCGGGGCUGCUUCACCGAGAACAUCCCGGAAAACUGCUGGGCGUCCGUGACGGAGCAGUUUGGCACCAGGUGCUGCAACUCCAGCAUGUGCAACGCUGAGCUGGAGAUCUUCCUGCAAGGAGAAGAGGCCCUGGGAAAGGCACCUUCCCUGCCCAACCUGCUCCUGAUGAUCUUCGUCCCACUGCUCGCCCUCCUCGUCCUCGCCGCGCUCACCGCGCUCUUCUGCUGGAAGGUGGCCCAGCACCGCCAGAAGAAAAGCAGCCUGGAGGACAUGGACCUCAUGCUGAAGGCAUCCAUGGGGGGAGACAGCACGAUGGAGGACCUGCUGACCGACGACUGCACGACGGGCAGUGGGUCAGGGCUGCCCUUCCUGGUGCAGCGCACGGUGGCUCGGCAGAUCACCCUGGUGGAGUGCGUGGGCAAAGGACGCUACGGCGAGGUGUGGCGAGGUGUGUGGCACGGGGAGAGCGUGGCCGUGAAGAUCUUCUCCUCCCGGGACGAGCAGUCCUGGUUCCGCGAGACAGAGAUCUACAACACGGUCCUCCUGAGGCACGACAACAUCCUGGGCUUCAUCGCCUCUGACAUGACGUCAAGGAACUCCAGCACCCAACUCUGGCUCAUCACCCACUACCAUGAGAACGGGUCACUCUAUGACUACCUGCAGAGGACAGCCCUGGAUGUGGAGACCUGCCUGGGCUUGGCUUCCUCCAUCAUCUGUGGCCUGGUCCACCUCCACGUGGAGAUCUUUGGCACCCAGGGCAAACCUGCCAUCGCCCACCGUGACCUGAAGAGCAGGAACAUCUUGGUGAAGAGCAACCGGCAGUGCUGCAUCGCCGACCUGGGGCUGGCCGUCAUGCACUCCCAGGGCAGUGACUACCUGGACAUUGGCAACAACCCCCGGGUGGGCACCAAGCGCUACAUGGCCCCGGAGGUGCUGAGCGAGCAGAUCCGCACCGACUGCUUCGAGUCCUACAAGAAGACAGACAUUUGGGCCUUUGGGCUGGUGCUCUGGGAGAUCACCCGCCGGACAGUGGCCAACGGCAUCGUGGAGGAUUACAGACCCCCCUUCUUCGACGCCGUCCCCAGCGACCCCAGCUUUGAGGACAUGAAGAAGGUGGUCUGCAUCGACCAGCAGACCCCUGAGAUCCCCACCCGCCUCUUCUCCGACCCGGUGCUGUCGGCGCUGGCGAGGAUCAUGAAGGAGUGUUGGUACCAGAGCCCCUCCGCCCGCCUCACCGCCCUGCGCAUUAAAAAGACACUGAAGAAGCUCAACAAUUCCCUGGAAAAGCCCAAACCAGAGCAGUGA